AUUUUGUAACAAGAUCACAAAUGGCGGCAUAUCUCGACAAAAAGAGCAUCUAAUCGGGACGGAUAGAAAACGCGAAAAUGCGAGUCUUUGUCAAAAAGUCCCUCCCGAUGUGGUUGAAGAGCUAAAAGAUUAUGAAGAAAGAUAAAAGAUGGCUAAAAGACAACAUGCUAUAGAUGAAUAUCUCCCUGAACUUGGAGAUGAGAACAUGGUGGAAAUUGAUGAUGAGGAGGAUGAAGAUGAACAAGUAUAAGAACGUAGAGAUAGAGGAAAAGGCUCGACGAUUCCUAGGUCAUCUUUAGUAACGACAAGAGGAAGAGGGAGUGUUGGCAUGCACAGUGCGGGAUCUUCCACAGGCCCAAAGAGGAAGGGACCGAUGGAUGCAUUUCUUACAUUCAAUCCCGCUCUUGAGGUCGCCAAGGAUGAAAGAAGGCGCAAGUUGAGACAAUCAUGUAUUGAAGAAAGUCUCAACAAAGAUGCAGUGGUUAAAAUGCAUCAAGACAUAGCUCGUUGGUGGUAUCAAGCCGACAUUCCCUUUAAUGCCGCUCAUCUUAGAUCUUUCAAAAUCAUGUUAAAGUCCGUGGGGGUGUUUGGGCCUAACUUGCCUCCUCUGACAUUACACCAUUUGAGUGAGCCUUUGCUUAGGAAGGAGAAAAAAAUACACUGAUGAUCUGAUACAACCUCAUAAAGAGGUGUUGACUACCAAAGGUUGUUCUUUUAUGUCAGAUGGUAGGAGUGACAAAAAGAGGAGAACAUUGAUCAAUUUUCUUGUGAACUCUCCUCGUGGUACAGUGUUUCUUUCAUCUAUUGAUGCGUCUGAUGAGAUCAAGACGGGUGACAGAAUGUUUGAGAUACUUAGUGAGCAGAUUAAGCUCAUAGGAUCUCAGAAUGUUGUUCAGAUCGUCACGGAUAACUAUUCUAGUCUCAAAUAUGCAGGGGCGGAUUUGGAAAAAGAGUAUCCUCAUUUAUAUUGGAUUCCUUGUGCUGCUCAUUGUAUUAAUCUCAUGCUCAAGGAUAUUGGUAAACUACCAUCUGUGAAGCUAACCUUGAGUCGAGCUAUGGAGUUGACUGGAUUCAUCUACUCACAUGCGUGGGUUUUGAAGCUGAUGAGAGGUCAAACUAAUGGCAAAGAGCUUCUUAGACUGGCGGUGACACGAUUUGCCACAUCAUUUAUGACUUUGUCAAGCAUCUAUCGAUAGAAAAAUAACCUCAGAAAGAUGUUUAAUUUGGAGACAUGGAGGCAAAGUAAGUGGGCAAGAGAUUCAUAGGGCAAAUCAGCUGAAAGGAUAGUUCAUAUGCCAUCUUUCUGGAACAACAUUGUUCGUGUUCUCAAGCUGACGGCUCCUCUUGGUUGUGUUCUGAAACUUGUUGAUGGUGACAAAAAGCCUGCUAUGGGAUACAUUUAUGAGACGAUGGAUAGAGCUAAGAAGACUAUUGCUAAAGCCUUUGGUGAUGAUCUUUAAAAAUAUUCUGAGGUAUUUGAUAUCAUUGAUAAGAGGUGGCAGAAUCAGCUUCAUCGGCCUUUGCAUACUGCAGGAUAUUGCCUUAAUCCUGUAUUUUUCUAUGACUAUCCAAACAUCCAAGGGGAUGACGAAGUUAUGAGAGGUCUUUAUCAAGUCAUUGAGAAGAUGUUGCCCACACAAGACCAAGACAAGGUUGAUAGGCAGUUGGAUAUAUACAGGCAUGCUGGGGGUCUUUUUGGUAUAGAGAUAGCUAAGAGAUAGAAAGAGGAAGU